AUGUCGAGGAGUGUUAGUAAGGAAAGACUAUCGAACUCCCAGAAUUCCCUGUCAAUCACUGACGUUGAUGUAAGCAUGAAGGAUCCCAAACACAGCAGUACGGCGUCACGUGGUAUCCUGCUAGGGCUUGUCCUUUGUCUAGUAGUGAUUCUGGCACUAGUUAUCGCCCUUGCCGUCAUAUCUGCCAAGAAGAUAGAUGACGCUGAUGAUGCUGUACAAGAAAAGCAAUUGGGACAAGGAAAUCAACAGUCUGGAAAAGUGUACCGGUGUCUCACAGCCGACUGUGCUCGAGCAGCGGCUGAAAUGGCGAACUCUAUCGACGUGACAGCCGAUCCAUGUGAAAACUUCCACCAAUUUGCCUGCGGACGCUGGGCGAAACGUCACGUGCUGAAACCAGAUGAGUCCGUAUUUGGCACGUUCUACCAAGUCCGAGAGGAUGUAAAGGUUACGCUGAAAUAUCUGUUGGAGGCGAAAGUGACGAUUGAGGACCCGGAGUCCAUAAAGAAGGCAAAGCAUACAUACCAGUCCUGUGUAGAUGAAGAGACAAUAGAUUCUCAAGGAAUCACAGACGGAAUAAAAUUUAUCAAUGAGCUGGGAGGUUGGCCCGUUCUUGAGAACUCAGCCGGGGGUCAGCCAAGGUCACUCGGCCUGGAAGAGCUUCUAAAACGGACGAGAAAGUACAGUAACAGGCCUGUUCUGGAUAUGUAUGUGUACGACGACUCUAAAGAUAUUGAACAUAACAUAAUGUAUAUCGACCAGCCAUCACUCGGCAUGCCUGACCGGAAAUACUUUUUAAAUGGCCGCGAUGACAAAAUGUUGAAAGCGUAUGAGAAAUAUGCUGUAGAAUUAGCUAAGGCAUUCGGUGCUGAUCCCACUGUGGCAGAACAACAAAUGAAAGAGAUGGUGGAUUUUGAAAUAAAGAUUGCUAACUUGACCAUGCCAUCCGACCAGAGAAGAAAUGCAGAUAAACUUUAUAACAAAAUGACUGUGGCGACGCUGAAACAGAGGUACCCACAGUUUCAGUGGAUGACCUAUUUUAACGGAGUGUUGGGCGACGAAAAAAUUGGAUACUCAGUAACCGAGUCAGAAAAUGUUAUUGUGGAAAAUCCUGACUAUCUAAGUAAAAUUUUCACCAUGAUCAACGGAACACCGAACAAAGAACGAGUGCUGGCAAAUUAUGUGGUGUGGAUCAGUUUGACAAGAAUGACCCUCUCGCUUCCAGCUAACAUCCGGGCACUGCGACAGGAUUACUAUGGGGUUCUGAAAGGAUCAAAGACUUCUGAGCCGAGGUGGCACGCCUGUACUGGGGUCGCUAAUGACGUAUUUGGACUGGCUGUAGGAAAGCUAUUUGUUAAAGAAGCAUUCGACCAGGAGGCCAAACAGGAUGCGUUACAGAUGAUAUCAAAUCUUCGUUCCGCUAUGAAAGGUCUGUUGUCCGAGAAUGACUGGAUGGACGAUGCCACCAAAGUCGUGGCUAUCGAUAAGUUGAAGGCCAUUGAGCCCCGGAUUGGUUACCCGGAUGAUGUCAUGGAUGAUAGCUUUCUAGACAAACGCUACGAGAAUCACACAGUGAUUGUCAAUGCUUAUUUCAACAACACAUUAAACUCUAGGAUGAACGGUGCGUACUAUAGCCUCCGCAAGCUGAGAAAGAACGUUGACAGACAAAUCUGGGACACUGAUCCUGCUACAGUAAAUGCCUUCUACAAUCCUCCCAGGAAUCAGAUAACGUUCCCUGCCGGAAUUCUGCAGCCACCAUUUUAUCACAAAGAUUAUCCACAAUACCUGAACUACGGAGGAAUCGGUUACGUUAUAGGUCACGAAAUCACUCAUGGAUUUGACGACAAUGGGAGAAGAUAUGACAAAACUGGAAAACUAAACGCCUGGUGGACAAAUGCUUCCAUCGCUCAAUUUAAAACCAAAGCGGAUUGUAUGGUGGAACAAUACAGUGGAUACAGAGUGGAGGCAGCCAAUACAAACUUAAACGGUAGAUUAACACUCGGUGAAAACAUUGCUGACAAUGGCGGACUAAAAGAAAGCUUCCGGGCGUACCGGAAGUGGGUCAAAGAGAACGGAGAGGAACCGAAACUUCCAGGACUAGAGUACACUCCUAAUCAGCUUUUCUUCCUUAACGCAGCUCAUGUGUGGUGCGGGAUCAUUAGACCAGAAGAAGCACUCCGCAGAAUUCGGGUUGAUGUACACAGUGAUGUAAAAUCAAGAGCAAAUGGUCCGACGUCAAACAAUGAAGAUUUUGCAAAGGCGUUCAACUGUCCAGUUGGAAGUCCUCAGAAUCCAGUGAAAAAGUGCGUCAUUUGGUAA